AUGCUUUUCCAUUCGGGUCAAAUAUCUGACACCAAACAGUACUGAAUUUUUAUCAAAUGUCCACUUCUUGUGAAAAUUCACCAGGUAACCGUAUCCUCAGUCACUAAUAUGCAGUGGGAAGGGCGGUAGCGGUAACGUUAGCUGUAAAACAAUUAUGAAAGUCACGAUUUUAUUGCAAUUGAAUGCGGACCACACAUAUGCCGAAUUGAUAAGAACAUCUCUGCUCCUACUGCUGUCCCUGUGGAAUAUAAGCAGCCUGGUGAUUAUUUAGUGACGACUGCUGCCAAGAUGGGAAAUGGAUUAUCAGAUCAUCACCCCCUUUUUCCAUGCCUGCCGUCCUUCCAAGCUCUCCACAUUGUCAUUCUGGGACUGGACUGUGCAGGCAAGACCACUGUACUGUACCGCCUACGUUUCAAUGAGUUUGUGAAUACUGUCCCUACUAAGGGGUUUAACACAGAGAAGAUUAAAGUGUCACUUGGAUGUAGCCAACGGAAAGCUUCCUUCCACUUCUGGGACGUUGGUGGUCAGGAGAAGCUUCGCCCCCUGUGGCGCUCAUACACACGCUGUGCUGAUGGCAUUGUGUUUGUGGUGGAUUCGGUGGACGCUGAGCGCAUUGAGGAGGCCAAGACAGAGCUGCACAAGAUCACACGGCUGGUAGAGAACCAGGGAGUGCCAGUUCUGGUGGUGGCUAACAAACAGGACCUGAGGAACUCACUUAGCCUGGCUGAAAUGGAGAGCAUGUUGGCUCUUGGUGAACUCAGCACUGCCACACCUUGGCACCUUCAGUCUGCUUGUGCUAUCAUCGGUGAGGGACUGCAGGAAGGCUUGGAGAAGUUGAACGCCAUGGUAAUGAAGAGGAGAAAAAUGCUGCGGCAACAGAAGAAGAAGAAGAGAUGAUGUGCUAAGAGGGGGAACUAUAAAAUGUGAGCUGCAUACAAUCUGCUGGUCCAUUGUGACUAGUCAUUUGGCUGCUGUUUAACACUGAUUGGCAGAGUUUGAUCCUUCCAGUUGAACUGUGUAUUCAGGUCAGCCAGUGUUUGACUUCCACAGAAAGACAGUGGGAUUGAUUUUGAUCCAAGGACUUUGGAUGUAAACAAUCCUGUCAGCAACAAGUCAUUCAAGGAAGUCCAGUAUUAUGCUAUAGCAGCAAGCUAUGGAGUUUACACUGAACUUUUUAAAGUGGACAAUUAGCUAUGUUGGUUUUAAUAUGUGUUGCUACCAAAGCAUGUGUUAGAGCAAUUUGAUCAAUGCUGCAUAUGUUAGUAUUUUGUAUCAAUGUUUCAUGUUUGUUAAGAAAUUUAUAUGAUCAGUAAGAACAUAAUGCACAAUAACCUUAAAACAUAUUAAUGCUGUUCAAAACGGCUGUUAAUGAUGGAAACAAUUAUUUAGUUGUUUGGUAGUAUACCUACCGUCCUGUGGCCUGAAGUUCAGAUAUUCUGAGCACAUAUGAGUCAUACUGACUAAAACAUUAGGUUUUGGUGUCUUUAAAAUGAGUGUGUUUCCCACAGGUUGACAAUUGACUUGUGGUGGGUGGCGCAGGAUGUGACAAUGCGUGUGAUGGCUGGGUUCAGUAAUAAACUUGUCAAACAAAGGUUUGUGAACUAUUUAUUGAAAACAAUGACUACAUAACUAACAGAUAAUUUAGAAAGAAAUAAUUAUUUGGAUAUUAAAGUGAUCAUAUUAUGCUUUUUGGCUUUUUCCCUUUCCUUUAUUGUGUUAUCUUCUUUGCGAUGUUAUAGAUUUACAAAGUGAAAAAGCCCAAUGUCCAAAGGGACUUACCAUCUCCAACAGAAAACACUGUUAACAAACUGCUCCAAACAGCUCUAUUGUAGUCCAGCCUUUACUUUCGUGACAAACAGGCGUCAUUUAGGGUCACUUUGUAUCGUGUUGUAAUGCUCGCCUAGUUGCCAGCGUGGAGCUCCCUCAUACUCAGCUUCUGACUUGCUAGUAGUCCUUAUCUUUUAACUGCGCGUGUGUAACUCCCAACGAAGAUGGAACAGAAUUGAGAUGCUUCACUCUGUAGCUAAAACGAAGAGCUCAACACACAGGGUGAAAAGUAUGGAGGAAAUAUUUAUUCAUAAUUAAAAUUGAAAGUCCAAAGCGAAAAUGAAGCAAGAUCAAAUUAAAAAUAUUAUUUUACUAUGCUACUAG